CAGCCCCCGGGCUCAGAUCCACUGGCCGGAGCCUCCCGCCCCACAGAGGCUCCAGCACAAAACUGACUACCAGACGGAUCCGGGGGAGCAGGACCCAUGGACGCCUUCAGCACUAAGAGCCUGGCCCUGCAGGCCCAGAAGAAAGUCCUCAGCAAGAUGGCUUCCAAGGCCAUGGUGGCCGUGUUUGUGGACGACACCAGCAGCCAGAUCUUGGAUGAACUGUACCAGGCCACCAAGGAGUUCACUCGCAGCCGGAAGGAGGCACAGAGGGUGAUGAAGAACCUGGUGAAGGUGGCGGUGAAGGUGGCUGUGCUGCUGAGGGCAGGCCAGCUGGAUGGCAGCGAGCUGGCCCAGCUGCAACAGUUCCGCGUCCGCGUCCGCAACCUGGCCAUGACGGCGCUCAGCUUCCACCAGGUGGACUUCACCUUCGACCGGCGGGUGCUGGCCGCGGGGCUGCUAGAGUGUAGGGACCUGUUGCACCAGGUGACUGGCCGGCAUCUCACCGCCAAGUCCCACGGCCGCAUCAACCACGUCUUCGGCCACUUUGCAGAUGGUGACUUCCUGGCCGCACUGUACGGCCCGACAGAGCCCUACCGGAGUCACCUGUGCCGCAUCUGUGAUGGCCUCGGGAGGAUGGUAGACGAAGGUGGCAUCUGACCUGCAGCC